AUGAAAACUCUUUUAGUCAUUCCCUUAAUUUUUAUUACACUUUUUACAUCUUUAACUAUUUAUUUAGUUCAUAGAUAGAAUUAAUUAAAGGAUUUAGGAAAUAUCUUUGAUGACAUUAAAAAUACUUUCGAAGAUGUUGGGGAUUCAGUGAAAAAUGGUUUUGAUGACCUUGGAAACGAUGUUAAGCAUGGCUUUGAAGAUUUUGGUGGAAAUGUCAAGGAUACAUUUGAAGAUAUUGGAAAAGUAGUCAAAGAUACAGCUGAAGAUUUUGGAGACGAUGUUAAAGAUACUUUUGUAGAUAUUGGAAAAGAAGUUAAAGAUAAAUCUGAAGAUUUUGGUGGUGAUGUUAAAGAUGCAUUUGUAGAAUUUGGUAAUGAUGUGAAAAACGGAUUUGAAGACUUUGGUGAUAAUUUUAAAGCUGUUAUAAGUAAAGCUUAAGAUGAGUUUAGAGUUGCUUUUGAGGAGUCUAAGGAUGAAUUUAAGAGUAUUGUUGACUAGAUUCCUGAUAAAGUUAAAUUAUGGUUUGAAAAAACUAAAAAUGGUGUUGUAAUGAUUGCUGGAAGGAUUAAAUCAGAUUUACCAGACCUUUUGAAUUGUGGUAUUUAUGUAGCAAAUGUUGCUAAUGCUUGUGGUGCUGCUCUUGAAGAAGAUGGAUUAAAUUUAAUAUAAGACAUUACUUGUAUCUAAGAGGGGUUAAAUUAUUAACCUUGCCAUGACUUAUUUAAUGUGGUUGUUUUAGGAAAAAAUCCUAAGAAAUAAGUUAAGUACUUGGUCCAGUGA